AAUUCUCAACACGAAGGAGGGUUGCUCACAUCCUUUUGCGCCGCAUCGCUGCACGUCAUAACUCUGUGGAUUAUACUUCCUUUUACUCCUUCUCUUUCUCUUCAUUAAUCCACUGAUUCCAUUAAACCGCUUUUUCUUUUCCGCCUUUCUUUCUAAUGUCCGAGCUCAAGAGAGACUUCAAACUGGAGGAUCAGGAUGGUGUCGCUCCUGGUCAGCAGCAACAGAGCCAUGAAGGCCCCUCCGCUAAAAAGGCGCGUAAGGAAGCCACUAGUAAUGGUGUUGGACAUGCAGAAAGCGAUGUUGCUCCAACAGCCACAGUUCCGCAACCGCAACCACAACCUCAUCCUUCACAUACCUCGGCUCCUUCCUCUGCUGCUCCUUCCUCUGCUGCUCCUUCCUCUGCUGCUCCUGCAUCUACUCCGAAUCCUAAUGCAAACAGGAAGCCCAACUACCAACUCAAGUAUUCCCUUGUAGGCCACCGCAAAGCAGUGUCAAGCGUCAAGUUCUCUCCUGAUGGGAAGUGGCUUGCCAGUUCAUCCUCGGAUAAAACUAUUAAAAUUUGGAAUGCCCACGAUGGAAAGCAUGAGAAUACGAUGGAGGGUCAUACCCAAGGGAUUUCAGAUGUUGCCUGGGCGUCAGAUUCACUUUCGCUUUGCUCCGCAUCAGAUGAUAAAACCGUCCGUAUCUGGAGCCUUGAAACAGGUCAGACGACUAAAAUUUUGCGAGGACAUACCAACUACGUAUUUUGCGUCAACUAUAACCCUCAGUCAAAUCUGAUUGUAUCUGGGUCGUUUGAUGAAACUGUCAGGAUUUGGGAUGUCAGGAAAGGAAAAUCAAUCAAGACAUUGCCAGCACAUUCGGAUCCUGUAAAUGCAGUUCAUUUCAAUAGGGAUGGCACCAUGAUUGUUUCAUGCAGUUACGAUGGAGUUGUACGCAUUUGGGAUACAACAACCGGACAAUGUCUGAAGACUCUAAUUGAUGAUAACAAUCCACCAGUAUCGUUUGUUAAAUUCUCUCCGAAUGGCAAGUUUAUCCUCGCCUCAACUCUGGACGACACGAUACGUCUCUGGAACUAUCAUACGGGAAAAUGUCUCAAGACUUAUACAGGACAUAAAAAUGACGCUUACUGUGUCUUUGGUAGUUUCUCUGUCACAGGUGGCAAAUGGAUUGUAAGUGGCAGCGAGGAUAAUUGUAUAUAUAUCUGGAACCUUCAGACGCGAGAGGUCGUUCAAAAACUGGAAGGACAUACUGAUGUUGUAUUAUGUGUGGCAUGUCAUCCAACCGAAAAUAUAAUUGCAUCUGGCGCCAUUGACAAGGACAAGACAGUGAAACUCUGGGUGGAUACUUCGAGCUCAUGAUUGACAGGACGAUCAGAAGAACAUCUCGCGAUGGGUUUCAAAUAUCAUUGAUGGCCACCGAGCCCUUCUGUCGUCUUUUAAUGUAGAUUUUUUUUCCAUCCAGCUUUUCAUUCUUUUUUUCCUCUUCAGUCUUUCCUGCAUCA